AUGACAGGGACGCUGAAGGUCCUCUCUUUGAUCACGGCCCUCUUGGGCGUUUCGAGCUUCACCUUCUUGGUGGUGGCCAUCGCGACCGACUUCUGGUAUGUCAUCGACACUUCCGAACUGGAGAGGUUGCAAAACCACACAAGCAGCCUGAGUUCUCACACGGGGCUUUGGAGGACCUGUAGCUUUAACAACACCUGCUCCUCUUUGGUCAACCCUUUUCGGUACAAGGCAACAAACGUCACUUCUUCUCACCGGCAGCUACUAAACAUGCACGGGGCUUUUGUGAUUCUCCUGCCUCUCAGCCUCAUCGUGAUGAUCUUUGGAGGGAUGAACGGUUUCUUCAGCCUCUUGGCCCAGGCGCACUUCCUCCUGCUGGUGACGGGGCUGGUCUUCCUCACUGGAGCUCUCCUCACGCUGGCCGGGGUCAGCGUCUACAUCGCCUACUCCACGGCGGCCUUCAGGGAAGCCCUCUUCCUUCUGGGCGGCAGGAAGCUCCUGGAAAUCCUCAGGAUCCAUUUCGGCUGGUCGCUGGUGUGCGCCUGGCUCUCCUUCGCCACCGAGGUCCUGACCGGCCUGGCCUUUCUGCUGGCUGCCAGGAUCGUGGGCCUCCAGCAGAGGAGAGACUGUUACGUUUGA